ACACAACCAACGGAAUGUCCAACGGUGAGCUGAUUGUUAACACCGGUUACGGACCGGUUAAAGGUACAACCCGGACAGCACUCUACGGCAGCGAAUACGUCAGCUUUCAGGGUAUACCGUACGCGAAGCCGCCUGUCGGAGAGCUACGCUUCAAGGACCCUUCUCCGCCGGAAAGCUGGACCGAUGUGCUGGAUUGUACACGACAAUGCGAUCCAUGCUACCAUUUUGAUCGCCGGAUCGAAAAAAUUGUCGGCAGUGAGGACAGUUUGAAGUUGAACAUUUUCACCAAAACAAUUAAACCUUCGAAACCACUACCUGUUAUGGUCUACAUCUAUGGAGGUGGAUUUGUUGAAGGUACCAGCGGAACCGAAUUGUACGGUCCGGACUACCUUAUCGAAAGGGACAUUGUACUAGUGUCGUUAAAUUAUCGGGUCGGAGCACUCGGAUUUCUGUGCUGCCAGUCACCCGCAGCCGGUAUACCGGGAAAUGCUGGAUUAAAGGACCAAAGACUUGCUCUUGUCUGGGUACGGGACAAUAUUGCACGGUUCGGAGGUGAUCCAAAUGUGGUCACUCUCUUUGGGCAUAGUGCCGGUGGAGCUUCGGUGCAGUAUCAUACAGUUGCGGACGCUUCGAAAAAUUUGUUCCAUCGUGCCAUCAUCAUGUCUGGCAGUACGUUGUGCAGCUGGGCCGUCACACCUCAACGGAACUGGAUACAGAAGCUUGCAAAAGCCAUCGGUUGGCAGGGCGAUGUUGGUGACGAUGAAGAAGCGGCACUGGCAUUUUUACGAAAAGCAUCGCCGGAAAGCAUUGUAGAACAUCAGGAGACUUUGUUCGGACCUCAGGAAAUACAAGAAGGCUUACUAACGCCAUUCGCACCAACGAUCGAGCCCUACGAAAGCGAUGUUUGUUUCAUCCCCAGGUCACCAUUGGAGAUGGUUCGAACUGCGUGGGGAAAUGCUAUAGACGUAAUGAUUGGCGGCACAUCCGAGGAAGGGUUAAUUCUACUGCCGAAAGUAAAACCAAAACUUCCCGCCAUGCUGCAAGAUCCUCGAUUGUUCAUCGGCAAUGUGCCCUUCCAUCUGAAGCUUACACUCGAGGAGCGGAUGGCAUGUGGAGAGCAGCUUAAGCAACUCUACUAUCCCGAUUCCAUUCCAUCGUUGGACAAUUUGGGUGGGUUCGUUAAUAUGGCUUCGGAUCGUAUCUUUUGGCAUGAUCUACAUCGCACCAUACUGGCCCGUGUAAACUAUGCCGACAAUGCUAAAACAUUCGUAUAUCGUUUCUGCGUUGAUUCGCCAUUCUUCAAUCACUAUCGCAUACAUAUGAUUGAUCCUGAGGCACGGGGUACGUCCCAUGCCGAUGAGAUAUCUUACCUGUUUUCUAACAUUUUCGCAAAGCCCUUGGAUACGAACACGUUUGAGUACCGUGCUAUUCAGUACAUGGUGGACAUUUUCACCAACUUUGCUGCCAAUGGCGACCCAAACUGUUCCAGUACCGCCAACCUGUCGUGGACGAAGGUUCCAAAAACGGCACCACCGUACAACUGUUUGAACAUUUCCAACAACGGUGUGGAGGUUGUGGAGUUGCCAGAAGCAAAACGACUGCAAGUUUGGGAUUCCUUCUACGUGAAUGAUACCCUCUACUAA